GUUGUGUUAUUUCGCUCAUAGCUAGCCGCAUUUUCCAUCCAGUUGGGCAAACUCUUUGGAAAGGAUUGUCUUACUUUGGUUUAAUUUUCGCGUGUGUAUUUAUAGCAGAUUCCAGCUGUUAUCGCGCAGCCAGUAAGUCUGAUAAUAAGGUUAAUGAGAUCAAACAUGAGAUAAGGCAUCCUUUGUCUUCUGUUGCUAUGGGGAGUAUCUCAUGAAGAGCCCACGUGCUUUUGAAACCAGCUUAAAACAAAGUCGCUUUCAGUAAUUUAGUUUCAAAGAAGACUGCUAAAGCCGUAGAUUUGCAUGGGUGCGUUCAGCUGUAUCCAGUUAGCUGCCGACUCGGAAAGGCGAGCAAAACACAUUGGAACAAAAGAUUUCAAAAGAUACCUGUCAAUCUAACUAAUUUCGCCACCCAAAUGACACUUAUGACCAGACUGGAUUAUAUCGAUAAUUUAUGAGGCUUUUUGUAUAAUUGUUGUGUUAACUGUGUUGCCGAUUUAUGAGUAAAGUGAGAUGAUCCCUGAGCAAGCUUUUAUCAAGUCAGUUCUAUGUUCGUUCGCAACGAUAUGCUUUGAGUGUGUCCAAUAUCGCAAUUUAGGCACGGCCCUAUAAGAAACACUACCGUGAAAAUUCCAGAGAAACAAACCAACAGAAAAACGUUCAGAAAUCGGCCUUUUUGCAAAUGUACUUUAUAGAAGGAACGGUUUUAGAACCCCAGGAUAUAGAGUAUGGAUUUAUGACUCUUGGAUAUAAGGUACGAAUUUAUGAUCAAAGUCAAGAUCGCGGCAUCAGACCCCCGGAUGUGAGAUGUUAGUGGCAAUUUAACAGAAAUUUGACGGUCGAAGACAUGGAUGGUACCUGUAUAAAACUCGAAGAGGAAAGUAUUUUGGAUAACCGUACCCCAAUGGAUGCUGUUACCACGCAGCGUGACAUGACAGUGAUAAAUUCCUCGAAAGAGAACGACCACGUAGUGGGAUCAUCGAAAAACAACGAGAUUCAAGGUGCAAUCGGAAGCGCUGACUGUAGCGAUCAUUCGUUCGCUGACAAAAAGAGCACAUCUAGCGAAGACCCACUUCUCUCCUCGUCGGCUGUCGAGCCCUUAAAGGGCGGGUGUGCCGACUUGACUGAAGAGGAUGAGUGUAGAAUUUGUCAAAGUAGAGGAGAAGAAGUUUUAAUCAGCCCGUGCAAAUGCGCUGGGUCUGCGAAAUGGGUUCACGAGAGUUGUCUGGUAAAGUGGUUCCAAAUUUCCCAAACGACCUCGUGUGAGCUGUGUUCACGAUUUGUGGUUAUCAGGAAGCGGACAAAACCGUUUCAGCAGUGGCGCAUACCCCGCGAUGGACUGGGACCUUGCAGUCGCUUGGAUCUCUGGUACUUGUUUGUCACAAUAUUUAGUAUUUGCACCAUUUUAGGAUUUGGUAUUUUUCAAAUGUUAGUCAAGUCCAAGGAGCCGGAAACAACUGCAGUGUUUGCCGCUAUUUAUGCUCUUUGUGGAAUAAUGAUCCUCUUGAGAAUUCACUACUUCUACGUGUGGUUCACUCGACGAAGCAAAUUUUGGCGAAAGUGGAAAACUGAGAAUCGAGUCUGGACUGUGGCCUCUCCUGGAACAGUUCUGAAGUACAACGAAGAGGGUACAAUUGUAUGAGAGUUCUAGUUCUUUUAGAUCGUGUGAUUUUCUUAUAACGUCCGCAAAACUCUUGGUUGCGGAACACAUGGACACAAAGAUGUCACAGACCAAUCUUACCUCAAUGUAUUUUGGAACCUCAAUUUCUUUAGAUACUGAUCAAGCUGACAGUUUUUUGUCUUAGGUUUACAUAUUUUCCGAGAAAAUCGUUGUUAAUUCAUGAUAAAAUUUUGAUGAUUCCAAUGAUAUUUGGAAGAAAAAAAAAAAAGAAAAUUAUUCGCUUCAAUUUAAAGAGAGAAAUCGCUCAAAGCUGUUAAGGGAGAAGGUUCCUUUUAGGGCGCUUAUAAUAAGGUAGAAAUGACUAAGCGGAACAGUCGAUGAAAUUGCUGCUUCAUUCACUCAGCCUAAAUUUUUUUGGUUCAAAUAGGAAAAAGAUCCUACCUGGUCUUUUGCAAUUUUCUUUCCUCAAACACUGCUUGAGGGUGCUGCUUGUUUGGUCUCGUUAUUCGAGUUCUUGAGAAAAAUAUAAACGAGGCCGACUAGAGUGUUACCUGCUUAUUUUUGCGAGAUUAUAGAAUGCAUUAUAUCCUUUCUUUGUUUUUCUGUCAGUUGAGGAAGACUAUUUCCGAUUUUCGUGAUCCAUUAUUUUCUAUUUUGUGAACCGUGCAACAGACCCUAUUUAGCGACCAUCGUUGGGCCCGUCCCGAUUGUGCAUGGCAACUUUUGAGAAAUUUAAACUUUUGGUUUUUGGAGUAACUUCUUGCGGCUUUAGCAACUUCGAGCAAUUUUUGCUUUUCUGAGCAAUUCUUGAGCAAAAGAUAGCAUUAAAGUACUUAUCAAGCGUGAAAAAGGAAACGAUUUCAAGAAAAACCAAUAAAUAGCUUGUCACGUGACAACAAUUCCCAGGCCUAUUGCGAUCUUUAUCGAAACUUGUGACGUAAUUGGUUGAAAUGACGUUGGCAGGACUUCAAAUGAGCUUUUUGUUUUCUUCCGUUUGACUGAAGUAUCGUUACAUUUCGCCCACAUUUGCGAGCAACUCUUUAAAGCUAAGUUUCAAGCUAUUUCUCUUGUCCAAUUUUCAGCAAUUAUUGUGAAUAACGAAAAAGAAAGCUUGUAAUCAACGUUCAUUUAAGGAUAUCAAGAAAUUUAGGUAGCAAAUUUUGAAAUUUAGAUAACAAUUUUUUAGGUUUUUGGAAAUUUUUUAGCAACUUUUUGGUAUUCCGGUGAGAAACUUUCCAGUAUUUUGCGAGCACUAUCGGGACAGGUCAACCAUCGUUGUAGCAACAAUCGUCCCAUCUUACCAACUUUACUUGUAAAUACGAUGCAAACUAUUCGGGAUAUUAUAUCGUAGGCGAAUCAAGAAUUUAUUCGACGAAAUUUUAAAAAAAUAAUUUUUUGCUACCAAGCAGCUUAAGUUUAAUAGAGAUUCAUGUCAUGACAAAUUUUAUUAAGAAACGAAUUAAAAAUUCAGUUUCAGUUCA